AUGUAUUUUGACCGAAUUGACAUAUGUGUUUGCAUCAAUGGCAUAAUAUGCCUUGGACAUUCCUCCGUUGGCUUUGUUUUAUGGAAUUCGGAAAUCAAAGAAUUUAAGGAUGUUCCCGCACCUCCUAGCCCUAACGUUGGUUACCAUAAGAGCACUUGUGCAUUUGGUUAUGAUCACUAUUCUAAUGAAUUCAAAGUUGUUAGCAUCUACACUAAAUUUCAGAGACAUACAGGACUUCUAUCUCCAAGUAUUCAGAUUUACAACGAAAGUACUGGUUACUGGAGACAAAUCGACACCCUUUUUGAUCAAUCAGUCAUUUGUUUUCCUGGUUAUUAUAAUGAAUUAUUCUUCAAUGGAGUUAAUCAUUGGACGGGCUGUAUUCUCAUGGAUGAACGCGGGCAACAUUUGGAGGCCAUCAUAUCCUUUGACAUGAGAGAAGAGGUUUUUCGAACCAUAAAGAUGCCAGAUUUUGGCGAUCUUUCUCAUUCCAAUUACUUUGGGAAGACUUUAGGUGUGUUAGGUAAUUGUAUUGCUUUGAUUAUUUAUGACAAAAGAGUGAUAGAGAAAAACUUCGAGAUAUGGGUGAUGAGAGAAUAUGGAGUUAAGAAAUCUUGGACCAAUCCAUAUAAAAUUGGACCUAUUUCAGUGAUUCAGAGGGGAGAAGAAUUAUUGAUGAGGGAUGGGCUUUAUCUUGUUCGUAAUAAGCUUCUUAUCCUUAAAGGUAGAGGACGAGUACUCUUGUAUGACUUUGUUGCUCAAGAACUUAAGAAUUUUCAUCUUAGAAAUCCUCCAGACUCCUUUUCUUUAUUACAGGUUAUGGAUUUUGAGGAAUACUAG